AUGUCGGAUUUCAGCUCACCACCCAACUCUAAUGAGCUGUUUCGCAUUGAAGGCAAAAUUUACACUCACGAUGCUUACCCCUUAUCAAGUCAAUUUCUAGUCGGCACUAAAAUUAUCGUCAACUACGGCCAAUACUUUGGGUUUCUUCGCGCUGAUGGUAGUUUUGAAGUUUCUAAUCUACCAGCCGGAACUUAUGUCGUUGAAGUUUCAAACGACAACUUCUUCUACGACCCAAUUCGAGUGGACAUCAAUGCAAAGGGAAAAAUUCGAGCUCGAAAAGUUAACUACAUUCAGUUGACUGAAGUGAAGCAGAUGAACUAUCCAUUGAAGUUCAAAGCCAAGACGCCCUUCAAGUACUUCCAAGUUCGUGAGAGCUGGAAGGCGACUGAUUUCCUGUUCAACCCAAUGGUACUCAUGAUGGUUCUGCCUCUGUUCUUCAUCAUGGUCCUUCCGAGAAUGAUCAAUCCCAACGAUUUGGAAGCUCAGAAAAAGGAACUGCAAAAUUUGCCCAAGCUGAAUGACAUGUCAGAGUUGCCGGAGUUGAGUGAAAUGAUGACCAAUUGGCUGGGAACUGGCAAGGCCCCUCCUGCUAAGGGAAAAGCUGUCAGCAAAAAGAACAAAUAA